UGUGUGAAAAAUGAAGUCCCAGGAAAUGAUGCUUUGCUGUUUAAUGUUAUUUCUGGCCACGGAAUGUUCUCACCACUAUAGAUCCAAGGUGCGCAUCAAAGAUGGAGAUGAACAUCAACAUCCUGAAGGGAAACUCAAGACUGGAACGAUACAAGAGAAAUGCCGUGGACCUUGCCUCACUGCUUCCAACUGCAGCCAGCCUUGUGCUCAGCACUUUCGCGGAGAAAUAGGAUUUACAUGUCAUCAAAACAAGUGGCAAAAAUCAACUGAAACGUGUACAAGCUUAUCUGUGGAAACAUUCUUUAAGGACUUCAAUAGUGCAUUACGCCUUUCCGUAGCCGCAGCAUCCGUCCCUCUGUAUGUUCUUGACUUCCGAGCUCCAGAGCCCCUGGAGAGUGUAGCCCAAGGAAUCCGCAGGAACUGUCCAGUUGAUUACGCCUGCAUAAUUGAUGUUGUGAAAUCAUCAGAAGCCACGUCUGGAAACAUUGCAUUUAUAGUGGAGUUAUUACGAAAUAUUUCUACGGAUUUGUCCGACAAUGUUACCCCAGAGAAAAUGAAGAGUUAUAGUGAAGUGGCUAACCACAUCCUCGAUACAGCAGCCAUUUCAAAUUGGGCUUUCAUUCCAGACAAAAAUACCAGCUCGGAUUUUUUGCAGUCAAUGAAUCUGUUUGCAAGGCAACUCCACAUCCACGAGGAUUCUGAGAACAUUGCAGAUGAACUCUUCAUUCAGACAAAGGGGUUUCACAUCAACAAUGAUACCUCAGAGAAAAAGUUCAACUUCUCUACGAGCAUGAACAAUAUGACAGAGGGUAUCAUAGGAAUGAUAGAAAUUCCCAGGCAAGAGCUGUGGAAGUUGCCACCAAAUGCAUCCCAAGCCAUUAGCAUAGCUUUUCCCACCUUGGGGGCCAUACUGAGAGAAGUCCACCUGCCGAAUGUGAGUCUUCCUAGACCUGUAAAUGGUCUCGUCCUUUCAGUGAUUUUACCAGAAAGAUUGAAGCAAGUCUUACUCACCUUUGAGAAGAUCAAUAAAUCCCAGAAUGCCCGGGCCCAGUGUGUUGGCUGGCACUCCAGGAAAAGGAGGUGGGACGAAAAUGUGUGUGAAACCACGCUGGAGAUCAUGAACAAAGUAAAAUGCCAGUGUAACUACACUGGCAUGGUGAUGUCCUUUUCCAUUCUGAUGUCCCCCAAAUCUGUUGACAGCAAAGUCCUGGACUACAUCACCUGCAUUGGGCUCAGCAUCUCCAUCUUUAGCUUGAUUCUUUGCCUGAUCAUUGAAGCCGCUGUGUGGUCCCGGGUGGUUGUGACAGAGAUAUCCUACAUGCGUCACGUGUGCAUCGUCAACAUAGCUGUGUCGCUCCUGAUUGCUAACGUGUGGUUCAUCAUAAACUCUAACUUUCACAAAAAGGCCCAGGACUCCAAAUGGUGUGUCGCACUGACAUUUUUCAGCCACCUUUUCUACCUCUCUCUGUUUUUCUGGAUGUUCUUCAAAGCACUGCUUAUCAUCUAUGGGAUAUUGGUUGUUUUCCGUAGGAUGAUGAAGUCCCGCAUGAUGGCCAUCGGCUUUGCCAUUGGCUACGGGUGCCCGUUGGUCAUUGCUGGCACCACAGUUGCUAUCACAGUCCCGGAGAAAGGCUACAUGAGACCCGAUGCCUGCUGGCUUAACUGGGACAACACCAAAGCCCUUUUGGCAUUUGCCAUCCCAGCCUUGGUCAUUGUGGCCGUGAACCUUGUGGUGGUUUUGGUUGUUGCUGUCAACACUCAGAGGCCCUCUAUUGGCAGUUCCAAGGCUCAGGAUCUGGCCAUAAUUAUGAGGAUCAGCAAAAAUGUUGCCAUCCUUACCCCAUUGCUGGGACUGACCUGGGGUUUUGGAAUAGCCACGCUUAUAGAAGGCACUUCCUUGAUAUUCCAUAUAAUCUUUGCCCUUCUCAAUGCUUUCCAGGGAUUCUUCAUCCUGCUGUUUGGAACCAUCAUGGACCACAAGAUAAGAGAUGCUUUGCGGAUGAGGAUGUCUUCACUGAAGGGGAGAUCAAGGGCGGUAGAGAAUGCAUCAUUAAGCCCAACCAAUGGAUCCAAAUUAAUGAAUCGGUGA